GUUUAGUGGCUGUAAAUACUUGAAAGAAAUACUACAAUUCACGAACAUAACCUACAUGAUCUCUCUCAAACUUUACUACUCACGACAACUACUGCUAUCUUUACCAUCCUAUAUAAGACCUGGCUGCCCACUCCCCUUCCCAUCUCAUAUUUUUCAUUGUUUCCCCUCUCAAAAACCCAAUUGUUUUUCAUAAUCAAUUCCUUCAAGCAAAAACCAUGCAGUCUAAUGAGGUCACAGGACUUGAAUAUGCAGUUCCUUCAUAUCCCUACUUUUCGGGUAUGGCGGCACAGAAUGAAAUAUCCCCACAUCAGAUGAACAAAUACACCAACCUAUUAUACAAUCUCCAGAUUAGUCCACAACUUCAUGAACUGAGUCCAUUAUAUCCAUCAUGUUUUAGCAACAACUCAACAUCCGAUGAGGCUGAUGAGCAGCAGCUAAGUAUUAUUAAUGAGAGGAAGCAGAGAAGGAUGAUAUCCAACAGAGAGUCUGCACGUCGAUCACGCAUGCGCAAGCAGAGACACCUGGAUGAGCUCUGGUCCCAGGUAGUUUGGCUCAGGAAUGAGAAUCACCAGCUCAUUGAUAAGCUCAACAAUGUUACCGAGUCCCACGACCGCGUCCUCCAAGAGAAUGUUCAACUUAAAGAAGAAGCUACCGGACUUCGUCAGAUGAUAACUGACAUGCAACUCCGUAGCCCUUAUGAAGCCUACCUUGGAGAUGAGCCACCAAACUAGUCCAAAAGUUCACAUCCUCUAUAACUAUUAUUUUACCUUUUUAUAUCCUUUUCUGCCUCUUCAUGGGGUUAGGUCAAUUAGUCAUUGUCUCUGCCUCUUUUUAAGCAGUAUCCUAUUCGACGAAAACUAGUGCAAGCAAGAAUACAUCUAGAUCAUUUCCUGCCA